AUGAGUGCUAGAAUUACUCACAAGGAAAGUCUUCCAGGGCAAAACUACAUCAAACGUCGACGAACCGAGCCAGGACCAAUCUUUGCUGUCAAAAAAGAUGAACCCCAAGAAGAGAAAGGGCAGAUCAGUGAUUCUCCCAACACCGAUCCCACGCCAACAAGCACCAUUGAUCCCGUAGGAACCUUCGUAAAGGAAAAAGCUGCAGAAGACCACAUCAAACGCACAAACUCGGCUUCACUAUCCACAUCGGAGGCGGAAUCAUCAUCUUCGGACGAUGAUGAUGAAAUCAUUGAACGAGAACGAGAAAGAUUGGCCCAACUACACAAAAAAAAUGUAGCCCCUGGCGAUAGCAAUCGCGAAACUGGACCUGGAUCUAUAGCGUCCGGUGGUACGCAUACUAAGCUUGGGGAUUACAAUUACGAUGUUCUCUUUCGCCGCUCUGAUUGGCGACAUAAAACCUCUGAAAAGUCAACUGAUAAGUGGAAAUCUGUUAUAAAUAACAAACAAGGGUCAGAACCGUUUCAACAAUUCAUGAAAAAACACUUCAAAUAA